AUGACCGCCCAGAUCCUCAAAGCUGCACGCAUAGCACCGGAAAUCUUCCAACUCCGACCCGACUACCGCGCCCUCCUCCUAGUAGUAGAUGGAAUCCCCCCAGGCCCCAGCGACACAACCAGCGAAGCCCUUCUCCUCGAAGCCGAAACCCACGUACGUGAACUGCUCGCACAGCACCCCAUACCCGAAUUCCCACACCUCGCCGCAUGGCGCGAAGCAUACAAAUCCUUCGGCGCCAAACCCAACAAAACAAGAAACAGUCUGGAAGCGCUAUCCCGACGCGUCACAGCAGCAGCAGCAGGUGGCGGUCUCCCGCGCGUGAACCGGUUAACGGACAUCUACAAUGCGAUAUCGGUGAAGCACCAGAUUCCGCUGGGUGGCGAGGAUCUGGAUAAAUACGAGGGUGCGCCCUUUCUGGUUCGUGCGACUGGGAAUGAACCGUUUCAGACGUUUUCUGGGGGCGAGCCGCAAACUGAGUGCGCGGCGCCUGGGGAGCCGAUUUGGUGUGAUGGGGCGGGGAUUACUUGUCGGAGGUGGAAUUGGAGGCAGGGUCCGCGGACGGCGUUGACGGAUGAGAGUCGGCGUGUGUUGUUUAUUUUGGAUGCGUUGGAGCCGCUUGGGGAUGAUGGUUUGGUGAAGGCUGCUGAGGAGCUUGCGGCUGCGCUGAAGGGUCUUUCUACGGAAGUGCAGGCGGCAUAUAGAAUUCUUGGUGCUUCGGGAGAGACUGACGAAGUGAAGUUGUGA